GCCCGGGGCGGGCGCACUGGGCCAGCAAACUCCGGGGAUUGACUCCCCGCGCGAUCACUUCCGCGUCCCGCCGCCGGCCGCCGCCAUCGGGACAAUGGGCCGAGCGCCGCGGCUGCCGUGAGCUCUGCCGGCCCCGACCGCCGGCCCCUGGCCAGCCGCUGCCCAGUGGGUUUGCAAGUUCGGCUGCCCGACCUGGACUUGGGUUUGUUUUAUCUCCUUAUUUUUCUCCGUCUUCUUUCGUCUGUUUUUGGUUUCCUGUCUCAUAAAAGAGAACUUUUCCAAGCAGGCCGGGCACAGCUGAAGGCUACUCUGCCCCCACGUGGACGCUCCCCGGGGAAAAGAAGUCUGGAAGUAAACUUAGCCCGCUGGCCUGAAGGCCUCAACUCUGGUUGGACCGUAAGUUUGGAGUCAUGACCUUCACGCUGGGCAGGUGGGAGUCUUUAUCUGCCUUGGGCUGGACCUGAACCUCUGCCAGCACCCAGAUCUCCCCACCCCCCAGAUCUCCCCACCCCAUUCACACCUUGUACCGGGGCUAGGCCCCCGGAUACUGAUCUGCAAGCAAUAUGGAUAAAUAUGACGACCUGGGCCUGGAGGCCAGUAAGUUCAUCGAGGACCUGAACAUGUACGAGGCCUCCAAGGAUGGACUCUUCCGGGUGGACAAAGGUGCGAGCAACAACCCUGAGUUUGAGGAAACCCGAAGGGUGUUCGCGACCAAGAUGGCCAAAAUCCACCUCCAGCAACAGCAGCAGCAACAGCAGCUCUUACAGGAGGAGGCCCUGUCUAGGGCUGGCAGAAGCCCUGUCAACGGUGGGAGCCGGCAGGGUGUGAGCAGCAAGCUGACCGCAGAUGGUGCUGCCAAGCCCCCUCUGGCUGCGCCAGCAGUGGCACCUGGAUUAACCACCGCCCCUGUGGCUGUGCCGCCCUCAUACUCAUCUCAGGAGCAGAGGGCCAGGCCAUCUGCCCAUGGUGCAAAGCCUGGCAGUCAGAACUGUGGUUCCAGGGAGAUGCCUGCUUUGCACGGUCUGGGUCCCUGUGAAGACCCUUCCUGCCUCACUCACGGAGACUAUUAUGACAAUUUCUCCUUGGCAAGCCCACAGUGGGGUGAUAAGCCAGAAGCAGCCCCUAGUAUGAAUCUGAGUGUGAAGAGUGGGUGGCCUGGUUGCCCAGGGAAUGAUUCCCCAUUGCCCAGAUCCUGCGGGGACCAUCACCCUUACCAGCCACAGCUCCCCAUGUGCUCUGGCAGGUCUUUUGAAAGUGGCAUCGGUGGCCAGGGUGGUGGCGUUAGUGGCCACAGCAAUGUGAAGCCAACAGGCCUUUGGUCUACUGCCUCCUCUCAGCGAGUCAACCUCGGCUUUUCCUCUCUGGGCUUAGAGAAUGGGGCCCCUGCUCAACCGAGGAGCACAACAGUUUCGGCACCUCUGGUCCCUAACAGCACUAGCCAAGGAGCUCGUCUGAGAAGAGAUUCAGGUCUGGAAUGUGAGGCUUCAGGCAGGGUCCUCAAACCUACUGUGGACCCUCAGCCUUGGCUCCAGGAUGGGCCCAAGUCUUACCUCUCUGUUUCCGCUCCAUUAUCCUCAACAACUGUCAAGGACAGUACCCAGCCAGGUAUGACUCCCGGGCUGGGUCCGAAGCCUGGGUGCAUAGACUCUGGCACUGGUCCCAAGCCCAGCCCCACCAGCCUUGUCCAUCCGGUGAUGUCCACUCCAUCUGAGUUAUCUUGUAAAGAGGGUCCUUCCAGCUGGUCCACCGACAGUAGCCUGGGACCUCUGCUCUCAGAGAGUUCCACCCCCACCAAGGUGAGGUUGCCCUACCAGACCCUCGCACCAAGCCCCGAGCUUGGACCCUCCACUGCUGAAUUGAAACUAGAAGCCCUUACCCAGCGUCUGGAGCAAGAGAUGGACGCUCAUCCCAAAGCUGAUUACUUUGGAGCCUGCGUGAAAUGCGGCAAAGGCGUGUUUGGAGCUGGCCAGGCCUGUCAGGCCAUGGGGGACCUCUACCACGACGCGUGUUUCACCUGUGCAGCCUGCAGCCGGAAGUUAAGAGGAAAAGCCUUCUAUUUUGUCAACGGCAAAGUAUUCUGCGAGGAAGACUUUUUGUACUCUGGCUUUCAGCAGUCUGCCGACAGAUGUUUCCUUUGUGGCCAUCUGAUCAUGGACAUGAUCCUGCAGGCCCUAGGGAAGUCCUAUCACCCUGGCUGUUUCCGCUGUGUCAUCUGUAAUGAGUGUCUGGAUGGGGUGCCUUUCACCGUGGACUCCGAGAACAAGAUCUACUGUGUCCAGGAUUACCACAAGGUGCUGGCCCCGAAGUGCGCAGCCUGUGGGCUUCCCAUCCUUCCACCAGAGGGCUCAGAUGAGACCAUCCGUGUUGUGUCCAUGGACAGAGACUACCACGUGGAGUGCUACCACUGUGAGGACUGUGGUCUAGAGCUCAAUGAUGAGGAUGGACACCGCUGCUACCCGCUGGAGGACCACCUGUUCUGUCACGCCUGCCAUGUCAAGAGGCUGGAGAAAGGACCCUCACCUGCGGCUCUCCACCAGCACCACUUCUAGCCAGAGACACAGUGGGGAUGCAGGGCCAGGGCUGCCCAGGGAGGGUCUGGGGGGUAUUUCUGGGGGUUCCCCAGAGCUGGGGCACAGGAAGAGGAGGGACAGGGGUCAGGUUCCUGUGUGUGUGAAGGGUACCUUUCUUUCAACCACAGCAGUGUGCACUCCCCAUCAAGUCUGUGUGUUUUUCCAGUGCUUUUCCCCGUUGCUGUACCCUCACUAAACCACUCAGGAAGAUGCUCUGCUUGCACGUGGCAUAUGACACAAGGCCGGGCCCGUGUAAACUGGACACAUCUUACUCCCUGGAAAUGGUUCGUGUUUCUUGGGGACAGGCUUUUGGAUUGAGCACAUUUCACAGUGUUGCUAGAAAGAGGCAGUGAUGGGAUGAGCAGCUUUGUAUCCUUGGAGUUAGCCUGGUAAACCAGAGCCAAGCUUUGACAUCCGGGAGGCUGGGUCUCCCCGGUGUGCCUCUGCCUUUCCUCCUACUUCUUAGGCAGCUGAGCUGUGGCAGAAGCCUGCCCUGUGUCACACAGCCAGCUCUGAGAGAACUGGUGCAGGCACCAGCUCCUGUACACUUCUGGUGCUGUGUUUACUUCCUCUAGUCUGACAUUGCAGUUGCUGUCUUGAGGUGAGCCUCGGCCUCUCAUGAGCUCCACAUCCUGGAAGAGAGCUCCUUUUGAAAGGAGGGUUUCAUGUGUGAGUUCUCAAAGCUAGCACCAGAGGGAGGGAGUGCCUGAGGAUGUUCCUGAGCUUGUUUCAGGGUUCUCUCUCCUGCCCACUUCUCAGCACCUUCAUACGGUUUGAAGAAACCAAUAUAAGGUACACUGCUUUUUACUGUUUUUUCCCCCUUCAUUAUUUCUCUCCACUUUUUUUUCCACACACAAAACAUACCUCACAGAUAGUUUUCACUAAAUCAUGGAUCUAGGUGGAAUCCGCCCAUCAUAUUGGAGACGGUUGGUGUAUCAGCAGUGGCUGAUUUCCACUCUUUACUACAGCUAAGCAGUAUAGUUGCACAGCAAGGCCUUUCAAGACUAGAUGCAGCUGAAAUCAGCACUCCGGCCCCAUGCGCCUCUACAUGCUGGCUCCUGGGGUAGCCGCGCGAAGAGGGGGACCACACACUGACAAAAUGUUAAGACCACUUCUAGGCUAGAUGUGUGGGCGCCUGUCCUUCCGCCAUUUGGGAGACUGGUUUGUAAAGCAGGAGUUCAAGACUAUCCUCAACACCGGAGGCCCUGGCCCCACUCGAAAAACUUUAAAGAGAAAAAAUAAAAAUCCACUAGCACUAAAGAACAUUAUUAACCCUGCCUAUCACUUCCUGCGGCCAGAGGUCAGUGUCUUCUUGGCAGUUCAAAUGGGAGAAACUGGAAAACCAAAAACAAAAUGGUUUUCCAGUUGUCCUUGUAUCUUCAAGGAGUGCUCCACAACUCGUGGCAGGAAGGGCUGCAGUAUCUCACAUCUGCCAGUCAGGCUGGGCACCCAGCAGCUGGCGUGGGUGAUGAAGCACGGCCAGUGGAGCCCCGCCACAGGUGAAUGUGGACUCUUGACUGGGCCCAGCUCUACACGUAGGCUGUUUCGAUCCUGCUGGCCUCCGUUGCCUGUGAGAAGUUCAGAACUGGCGCGGGUGACCAGGACAAUCUUUUAUUUUUUUUUUAUAAGGUUCAUUUUAUUGGUAUCUUUUAGCCAGAUGUUACUUCCUUGUUUCCUGUUCUAGAAAUACCCCCUUUAAAACAAACAAACAACAACAACAACAACAACAACAAAAUUAGGAAUAUAUGGGGCUAAGGAGAUAGACCCUGAAGCCAGGCCCCUUUCUUCCUUUCAACUUAUCUAGUUUGUCUUUGGCAAAGCUGGCAGGGAAAGGAAAUGAGCCAGUAUAUCUUUGCCAUCCUUGAGGUGCUGGUUUUGAGUCAACAUGAUUGAAGAAAAUUUCAUUGGAAUCAAUGUCAGAAGUAUAGGGUAUUUGUUGUCAAAUUGAAUAAUCAGUUUAAAACUCUGUGAUUGAUUUUUUAAAUGAAAUUCCUCAUUGAGGUGAUACAGAUGUAUUUGCAAACACAUUUUAUAUUACUGAAAAAGAACAAUAAAGGAAUUUGCAGACUUUCUAGAGGCCCUAGGACUGUUUUCUCUAGGGGUCUUUUAUUCGUUGCUUUUUUCCAUCUCAGGCCCAUGCACAGAAAACAUGAAGAGAUGUCCACUUAUCUGGGAUUUUAAAUGUACUAUAAAUUUUGGCCACAUAGAGCUGUAGGGAAAUUAUAUUUAUAAGCAUGUAGGAAGAAAACACAGGAACUUAGGAUACUCUGGCUUGAAAGUUAGAGAAAUAGCUUUUUCAAGACUCCUGUACAAUGCUUGUGCUUUGGAUAAAACUAAGGAGAUGGAGACUGAUCUCAGACCCAGGUGUAGACUCUGUCCUCCUUUUUCUCAUUCUGCCCUUAGGUUUCAGAAGAACCUUCAGCCCUGACUGACUUAUUGGCUACCUGUUAACAGCAUAACAGGGCUUUCCAUUCUCCUGGCUAGUGCCUAAGUGAGCUUCCUCUCAGCUGAGUCCUGUGAGGAUACAGUGCUGAAUCCAGGUGGCAGACAGAAGGAUCAAAACAUUCAAAAGCAUUCUGAACACCUUAAAAUACUGCCAUGGCUUGGUUUGCAUGGCCUUCAGUCACACAAAAUACAAAACAGGAUUAUUAAGAAGAUUCAGAAUCUACAGUCCUUUGCAUGUAUUAGAUACUGUUCUGUAGUACCCUUUUCUCACUCAGUGAAAGUGCUGUCUACCAGAUAGAUUCCUUGCAAACAACACUGUUAGACUUGACUGCAAAUUAUGGUUGGUUGUACAAUACGCUUGUAAAAAACCCUCGGGACUGAGCGGUGGCGGUAUGCACCUUUAAUCCCAGCACUCCGGAAGCAG